UUUGUUUCAAAAUGGCCGACAGAGUGUUAUUGAAAUUUCCUACAUGAAAAAAGAAGAUUAAUACGUCAAUCUCAUGAAGUUUUAGAAAAUUUAAACACAUGCAAAGUAAAAUUGAGUUAAAAAAGAAACAAACUAAGAGGGGGGAAUUUCAGACGUAGGAGAAUUUCGGACUGCGGUAGGGGAAAUCCUUGGCUGUGGGGGAAAUCCUCGGCUGGGGGACGAGACCGAUAUUCGGCUGCUGCUAAAGAAUAAAAAAAAACCCUGCACGGUAAAGUCAGAUAGAUCAACAUGGCUCUUAAGUUGCAAGUAGAUGAGACAAACUGUGGCCCCUUGUGCCAACAUCCAUCAUGCUGGCAGUCAAACGUAAGGCAAGAAAAAGGCUUUCCAAAGCUGAGGGCGAGACCACGAACACCACCAGAUAUAGAACUUGAUUUGCCCACAUUGAAGGUAUGUAAUAUGUUAGAUGACUACGGUGAGGACAAGAGAGAUUUGUUUCCAUCAAGGUAUGGAGGAAAGCCUGCCCAUGAUAGGAAUGAGCUGUAUUCAACAUUUGAAAAACCAGUCAGAACACAGAGUAUUAAAGUAACCAGGGCUCCACAGACUUCACCUAAAUCAGGAACCAACUCAGAGCCUCCUGUAUCUAAAUUCAAAGUUGUUGAGGUGCAAGAGGUGUUUGACCCAGAGGAUCUAAGCAGAACAUGGGAUGAUACAUUUAUACCAAAGUCAUACUAUGUUUGGGUGCCUAACAUGAAGAAAAAAAGGCGACGGAAAAUGGCAAAGAAUCAGGAGGAGAGCCCUAUGACAAAGCUGAAAGGUAAGGGAUCGGUAAAGUUCAAGGACAUGACAGAAGAUAUGGUUCCUAAAGAAAUAGAAAACAGCCGAAUUACAGCUAGGUUUGAAGAAUGGCCUGUAUUGAAGCCACUGAAUGAGAAGCAUAAAUAUGGACAGUACACUCGGAAAAAGCGAGCAUCAGCCAGAUCACCCAUAAUGCCUCAAUACUCGAUGUCUCCACGAACCACUCAAGGCUCCUCAAAAAUGGAGUUUGACCAUGAAGGUUACCGUAGAUCAGGUCAGAUAAGUGUGCCUAUACCAUCAAGGGUGAGCGGAUGGCGCACCCCUGGUAAUAUGGUGUUCCUGAGUAUCAGUGAAUUGCUGGAUUUGCCACGAGAUGUCUUGGUACAGGUGCUUGAAAACACUCGACAAAGUGAUUUGAUGUCUCGUGAGAAAAUUCGGGAGGUUAUUCGAAGAUUUAUGCCACCGUCACUUGAACGAGGAAACACUAAUAUUUCAUUGGCUAGUCAGGAUUUAUUACAGCAGAAAAAGCUUAACUUACAUGAAGGUAAUAAGAAUGUGCGCGAGUCUCAUCUGAUGGAAACAAAGCCAGUAUUUCACCUUGAUGAUGAUUUAAUUGAUGAUGAUGAGAUAGAUGAGGACAUACAACGGAGCACCAGUCCAUACGGGUCGUUGAAAGAACUUUACUUGUCUCGGGAUUUCAACAAAUACAAAAAACCAUUGCCUGCAAUUUCAGCUGGAGGGCGAGCUGUAUCAGCUGGUGACAUGUUAUCCACCAAGAUUCCAUCAAUAUCACUGGGACUCCCUGAGCUACCAAGUGGCAUUAGACAAACUAAAGCUUUCACAUACUCAAAGAAGGCUGACCUAGACUUUACUUUAGACAGUUCAGCCGGCUCUCCGUGUAAGACACCAACAUCAUCAAAAGGGCCAGUACCUACUCCACCUACCAGUGUUAGAAGCACGGAGACUCCCGGCUCAGACCAUGGUACAACAAUUCGGGUGAAUGUUCCAUCACAAGCCUCAGCUCGCAGUGGCAGUGAAAAAGGGGAAAAAAGAAGGGAAAGUCCAACUAGGGGCAGCCCAGUUCAUCCAUUACAUGCUGUUUCCCCUACAUACUCAACCAGAGUUCCUAAUGCACCGGCUGGCACACCGGCAACAUUCCCAAUGUCACCUACCAAGUCUGCUCCUCUGCUGCGGGACAUGACGGGAUCCACCAUGGCUAAUACACCACAAGAGUGGCCACCGAGAGACAAGUUGAACUCGCCUUUACAGAUACUCAGAGCACCUGUCAAUACACCAGGCAGUCUGGCACAAGAAGCAUCAGGUCUUCACACCAUCCAUGAAUCUGGAACUGUCAAUGAAGGAGAUGAUCUUGCACAUCCCGUGUCUCGAGGCAGAAGUGUGAGGUUUGAGAUCCCAGAAAUACCUCCACCUCCUUCCUCACCACAGUUAUCGGAAGAUGGUCAGAAAGAGGCAAGCAGGAAUGCUGUAACUGUAAAUACUAAUAUUCCACAGGAAACACCUUCAACAAGCUCAAACAAGCCACCAUCUGGUGUAACAAUCAGAACAACAGCAACCACUGUUAACACUUCAACCUUGCAGGCUGAAAAUUCAUUCAUAAGGUCUUAUACUGGUCCAGUAAGGGAAAUUUCUCUUAUAUCAUCACCGGAGCCCUGGCCCCAGGUACAAGAUGCAGACUUUGAGGAAGCCCCUGUUCCUUCUCCUGAGACGACAUUACACGAGACUCCCCGAGAAACUCCUCAAACUUUAGAGCCAUUGGAAUCAGAAACAAAAUCUGAAAAUGAAAACCAGUCUAAAAAUGCACAGGAAGUAGUUGUUGAAGAAGAAAAAACUGAGCCCAGUGAAAAGAAAGAAAAAGAUAGUGAGUAUGUGAAUAAAACUGAGGACCAGUCAGCUGUUGUGAAAAAGAUGAUGGAAGAAUCACGUAAAGCCGAGUCGCCAGCACCACCACCACCUUCACCAGAGGCAAAGGAAGACAGCCAGAUAAUCAUAAAUAAACCAAACAGUACAAUGACUACUCUAGUAGAAGAGGAAGAAACUGCUAAUGCACCUGAUAAUGAAGUAUCAAUGACAGUAAUGCAGAUUUCUCCAAAAGGGCCCAUGAUUAAAGGCGGGCAAAAAUCUCACAACCGUCAGAUUGAUACAUUCCAGAACAUUGAUAUACCUGCCGAGUUUGACCUUGAUUAUGUUCAUCCACAUGUUCAGGAACCAACAACAGACACUAUUGUUGAGGAACCAGAACCUGCAGAAGAUGACGCCAAAUCAGCGCGGACCUAUGCCCUUUCAGUUCAGAGCACUCUUGCCAACCGUACUAUAUCUGAGCAAGCCCAUUCAGAGGUUUCUAGUUCGUUUAUUGAACCAGCUAUAUCUCAAGCCUCUCAGGGCCCUGCUCUGUCUGAAGAUUUCUCAGAAAAGCGAGAAAAUUCUGAACUGUUUGGUGACUGGUCUGGAAUGGUAAUUGGGUCAUCUGAUGGUCAAAACACUCAGGCAAUGUUGAGUUCAGAUAAACCGGAUAUGACUGAAGAUGGCGGUGAUCAUGAAGGUUUUAAGGAAGAUUUGAGACAAGAGUUUGAGAAAAUUAAGCAAGAAAUAGACUCUUCCAAAGACAGCACUGAAAAAAGUUAAAACAAUUAUAUUCCAGUACUGAAAAAAUUUAAUAUUGAUUUUCAAGUAUAUUUUAAAUAAGAUUCUUUCACGUUACCUGUUGUUUAGAUAUGUUUUGUAGAAGCUGACAAAAGGGUUUAUACAAAGUGCUUGUAAAAAGUGUUUUUAUUUUCAUAUGGAAUCAAUUUUUUUGUUAUUAGAAUAUAAAUUGUACAGAUGUUACUUUUUUGUUAAGUUUAUGAAAGAUCAUGUCUGUGAUAAUAUAUUUCUUAAUGAUACAAAAAGUAUUUUUCUGUACUUUUUACCAGAAGCAUUUAUAUAACAGUGCAUGUACAUAUUAUUUGUAUCAUACAAGUUUUGUGAUCUUUUGUUAGAAAAUGAAAACCUAUUGAUGUACAGAUUUAUCACAUUUUACACAAUGCCACUGAAUGUUUGUUCACAUUUUUUGUAUUUUGUUGUUUUGCACAGAAACCACAGAAGUGUGUAUAAUGGAAUCUUCUGGGGUCUAGUGAUAUGUAGCUCCUUUCAGUAGAUUCUAUUUGCACAAAAUGUUUCAUUUCAAACUGAUAUUUUUUCUUAGAGAAAACACUAUAAAAUCAGAUUUUAGUUUUGCUAAAUAUUAAAUUGGAAUCAAUCAGCAUGGUACACUACUAGAAUGUCUGUGCUAUGAGACAUGCAAGGCUGCUUAUAACAAUGAUAACACUUUUGCAAGUAUUUAUUUUGAAAUUCAUGGAAACAGUCAGCAAAUAUAGUGAAAAUAAAGCUGAAGUGAAAAUUUCUGAUCUUACAGUACCUGUCUGUACUGAGAAACUUUCAACUGUUUAACUAUAUUACAGGUUAGAGCAUUUCUUAGGUUAUAAAUCUCUAUUGACUUCUCCUGUGCAUUUACACAUCACAUUAUACCAGUUUGUCCAAUCUCCGGUUCUAGGAUAACUUGUUUUAUGAAAAGAGUUGGAACCUCUGUAUUAACCUUGCAUGAUCGUAAGAGGUGCCCACUUGAUUUUGCUGUAUCUCUGAUGAAAUUCCAUUCUGUUACGAAAACUAUAAAACAACAAUUCAUUUCUAAAGUACAGUCACUGAAACAUGUUUCUGAGGUUAUAUAAUUUAUUUAGAGUUCAUAGAUAGUAGAAUUGUUUUAUUAAUGUACACAUUAUUCUUAGAAUUCAUUUAUAUGUGCAAUCAAGACUGACUUGUGUUAUUUAUACCAUACUUAACAAUCUACUGUUUAUGUGUUUUGUUAUAUUGUUGUGAGUGGAUUCCGUCUUUUUUUUGUUGUUAGAAAAUGCAUUCACAGAUACAUUGUAGUUUAAAAUUGGAAAACUGAGAUUUGUACAAAUAUUUAUCUUGAAAAUUAUAUGAAGCUAUACAUUUUCUAUUCUUAACGGCAUCCUGUGAAACUGAGUUGUAUGUAGGACAUUUAUAUCCUGGGCACUCUAGUUCAUAAUGUUUUUUGAAGAGUAACCAUUGGUUAAUUAUGUCAUGGGCUUGAGAUGCAGGUUGUUUGCAUGAAAUGAUAAAAAUUACGUAGCGUGCACAAAAUAUUAUGUCAUACAUAUUACUUGGAAAAUUAUUUUCGUGUGUCCAGGCUCUAGAUUUCCAUGUAAGAUUGUCUUCUUGUAAUAUUAACAUACAUUACAAUAUUUUUAAAGGAAUUCUACAUUUUAUCGAAUAGUAUUGUACAGUGAAUGUAUAUUGGGUAAUUCUUGCUAUAAUUCCACAAUUUCUUACACAAUAGACAUAGACGUGCAGUUAUGAACUAAUGCUUCAUACUUGGUUAUGUUUUUGUAGACAAUGCAGCCAAGUAUUCUUGAAUGUUGUGAAUUUGCAUGUUGCUCCAUUUGCAGGCGUUAGCAGAAAUUUAACCAUAACAGAAUUGCCCAAGGAACAGUAAAAACACUGCAAAAAAUUGUUGAUUCUUUCUUGAAACAAGAAAUGAUAUGUUUUAAUCACAAUUGUCUGUCUUACCUUGCUACAAAGAUUAUUGUCAUGAAAAUUGUAAUACAGUUGUACAUGUUUUUGUACUAUAUUAAUAAAAUGCAUGCGACUUAUUA